AUGACACAACCUCCCCACCGCCCACCACCCAAACGCACCGUCCCCAAAGUCGUAGCCCCCAAACCCCCCGCGGCCCCAUCUGCCAAGCAGCCUGCAAAGCCGAAGAAAGAAAAGCGAUACCCCUUCGACUCGCACCAAGACGACAUCGUAGUCAACACCACUGAACUCGACACCGCCCCGGGCUACAGGCGUGGUCUAGUGGACUAUCGGCAUAAACUCACGCUGAAGAAGACGUAUAACCAUAUCACGACAGACUAUGCGGAGGAUAUGAAGAUGACGAUUCCGAAAGAUGUGGUUACGCCCUUAGGGUCUGAGACGGUCGUUGGUGGGGAUGGGGAUGGGGAUGACGAUGAGGAUGACGAUGAUGGAGACGAUGAUGGAGACGAGGAUGAGAAGACCAACGCCAACACCAACAACCCCAAGUCCAAGCGCGACGAACGUACCUACGUGCCCGAAGUCAGCGACAUAGUCAUCGACUACACCAAGCUGCCCAAACCGCGCUGCAACCGCCCUAACUACGUAGAAUAUAUCUACCGAGCUACGACCACCAACCCCGCGGUCUUCCUCGCUAUCCUGCGUGUCGCAGAGAGGAAUCUACCGUUUAUAAAUUUCGACUCGGCGAUUACGCAUUUACCCAAUUUAUUGGCGAAUGCACGUCUUCCUGCUAUACCGCCCCUCUCAGCCCUGUCGCCCGACCCAUCCAACCCCUCCAACUCCUCCGCACCGUCCGCAUCGUCAAACCACCCGCAGAAACACAAACCCAACCAACCCGCUUUCACAGAAGACACACCCCACGAGAAGAAAGACGGAGACAUGGCGCUGACAAUCCUCUUCCUACCGAACCUAUACGAAGACGGGCGUCACGCAAUCGGGUACUACGCCCUCGCUCCUGAAGCAGACCCAGACACUAAACAAGUCAACCCGGAAGAUGUCGUUCAGAUCCUGUUUACGCCGUGCGGCAUAUCUGAUCUAGUGGAGGCGAGGUUGUUGGAAUGGACGCCUAUUGAUCCUGAUCUUAAAGCACGGGCUGAUGAGAAGAAUGGUAAGGAGGGCGAUGGGGUGAAGGGUGAGGAUGGCAAGGGGGCUGGGGAGGGGAAGGAAGGGGAUACUGGAGAUGCUGGGGAGGAAGAAGAAGAGUUGACUGUUGAAUACAUAGAACAUGUGGCUGCGAGGGGAGGCGAGUGGUUAGAGCGGGAUGUAGUGGGGGAUUGGGAGGAGUGGUGUAGGAGUUUUAGGGUUGCGAGGAGGGUUUGGGAGAAGGUGUUGAAGGGCGUUGUGGAGGUUAAGGAGGUGGAGGAUGUGAAGGAGGAGGCUGUGGGAUGA